AUGAUGAUGGAUUGGAAAUAUGUAUUCGUAUCUAUACUCAUAUAUGCAUCUCUUAGUACGUUAGAUGCAUGUGGUCGUGCAUCUAUUCACUGUGGUGAAGACAAAAAAGCCUUGCUAAAACAGAACAACCGGAAGGAAGACUAUGUAUGGGUUACGUCGAAAGAUGUGUAUUUCCAUGCUGAAGCUAUUGGUGCAAGGUGGUUAACGUUUACCCACCAGAUACUUGGUCCGAAAGUUCCAACAGCGUUGCGUCAUGGGUUACAUACAUUUGGGUUUAAAGCUGGUACCAAUCUUGGAGAGACUGCCGAAUGCAGGCGCAGAGUAGAUGCUGUUGUAAACCGCUGCUUUCCAAGUCAUCCCCGACUACGUAACAGUCACACCAGUGUGGAAUGCGACGCCAGUAAUCUUUACUGGUCUAAAUGUGCCAUUCGAUGUAGACAUGGAUAUCAACCAGCUUUUCCAAAUCAACUCACGUCAAACUGCAAAAGAUACAAUAACAGGCCUAAAGAUAGUCACCCGUGGUCACUGGAAUCCAUGGAGUGCAAAUCUGAGGUUAUAUGCAGGGGAAUUAUAAGUAACGAUACGAAUAUGGUAAUACGGUGUGAUAUCGGUAAAGAGGGUGCUACUUGCGAUAUCAACUGUCACUAUGGCUAUUACCUGCAUGGUGAGAACUUGAAAAGAAAAAUUUGCCGAUUCGAUGCUAGUAGAGGUGGACUUUGGUAUCCUGAACAAAUGCCGGAAUGCCGAGAAUUGCCGACACCGAUCGUCCAAUACUGCCCCGAUGACAUGGAAGUGGACAUUGAAAACCAUCAAAGAGCCGAAGUAAGACUUCGACUACCGACUAUUAUAUGUGCACCAAAUACAGAACCUUUGCGCAUUGAGUGUCCAGGUUUCGAUGGCAAAGAGAAAAUCAUUGUUACAAGAAGUGACCUAAGUUCACCAGUUCGUGUUGCAUGCCAUGCUACAUGCCCGGAAACUGGAUUGACGGGCUAUUGUUCAUAUAGAAUAUUUGUGAAAGCAACCAAUCCAGCACCCGAUUCUUGCCCAGUGCUUGACCCUCCGGGUAACGGUGCCCUGGCUUGUGCACCAUGGAUCGGAAGGGAGCUAUGUAGGGUAGUAUGUAAAGGGAACUUUUGUCUUCCAAAUAAUCCAGCCCUUGGGACGAGUAGAGGAUACUUCUAUUGUCAAGUAGGAAAUGAGUGGCAGCCGAGAACGACGAAAAUUGAUUGCCAAGCCUGUAGUCAGGGCAGUAACGCAACUCUUCGGACUGAGUUGUUUUACACUGGGCUAUGCAGUGAUAGCCACACACAAGAUAUAAUAAGAAAGAGAUUCAUUGAGCGCAUGAGUGAAAUCGAAAGAGUAUCCCUUUGUGACAACUAUCCUGGAUGUAAUGUAGAUAAUGUAGAAGUGAGGUGUGGAAGGGAAUCAAUGUCGAAAGAUGAUCCAAACAUACGAAUACGAAUGAAUCUUAAUUGGGAUUUUGCUCAAACUGGAUCAUAUCGUGAACGAUUUCUGGCUGCAGAGCAAUCUCUUAAUGCAAUGUUUGUAAGACUUGAAAAUGUCUUUGUAUCUGGGAGGUUCGGCUUGGCAGCAAGACUACCAUUUCUCAAUUUGAGAGUUGUCAAAGACAGUUUCACACAUGGGCUCGUUUUGACCGGCUGUCCAUUUGGAUCUAUUCCAUCAAAGGGGCACGAUGGUGAAGACGAAACUCAAGAACAAUAUUGCGUAAAAUGUGGACUCGGCUAUUUCUAUGCAGACAAUACUAAAUCAUGUGAUGAGUGCCCCAUCGGUACAUACCAAAAUGAAGAGGGGCAGUUACAAUGCAAAGAAUGUCAAUUAGGUUUCACGACUACUGGAACAGCUAUGCAGCAUGCAGAGAAUUGCACAGAAAUCAACCAAUGUGAUCCUUCCCCAUGUCUCGGGAAUGGAACCUGUAGAAACUCAGCAGGAACGUUUGCAUGUAGCUGUCCGCCAACGCAUACGGGAUCUCGCUGUGAAACGGAAAUAUUUGAUUGCAAGUUUCACAACUGUACUGGUAAUUCAACGUGUGAACCAUCCCUGCAGAGUCCAGGGGAGUAUAUCUGUGUCUGCCCACCGGAGUACACUGGUAUAUAUUGCGAAAUUGAAAAAGUAAAUGGGGGAUGGGGCAAUUGGACAACAUGGUCCCCUUGUACUCAGGAAUGUGGCGGUGGCUUGCAAUGGAGAUUCAAUGAGUGCAACAACCCCGUCCCAUCAUCAGGCGGGUUAAAUUGCACUGGUAAUUCAACGGAAAUCAGGCCUUGCAAUACACAUGAAUGUCCAGUAUGUAAAACACUUAGAAGGCCUAUAGGAGGAUAUUUGACUUGUGAACCAAACCGACCAGUCCCAGGAGGCAACAUAACAUGUAACAUUAGUUGUCCAGACCGUUAUGCAUUUAGCGGCCCUGUACUUGAUGCAUAUGAGUGCGGACCACUGUCAAAUUACACAUGGAAUCACGAAAUGCCAGGGAUUAAUGAUCACGCUAUGUUACCAAUGUGUACUAUUGUAUCAGCUACUGGAGUACAAGCCAUUUUGCCGAAUGGAGGUUUCACCUUCCCAAACGUAACAUGCAGUCGACAAGAUAUAUCAUCCAUUUAAAGUCAACUUCAGGGAUAUGUACAUGA